UGAGUUUUCGCAUUUCUCCCCUGACCUUCCUCUGUCAGAGCCUUAUACGAACGCUCCGAAGUUCAAGGAUCUCCUCAUCAAAUAAACUAAUUUCAUACGUUUCUCUCGCUUCAUCUUGACCAGAUUUCACCUCUUUAUUUUCUUCUCUCGCCAAUUCUCCCAUUUUCCUUUCAUUUUUCUUUCUUUCCAAGCAUGAACUCUUCCGCCUUAAAGCCUUUUCCUCCUUCCUCCGUAGUAUUGACGAACAAUAGCAACCCUAACUGGAAAUACACUCGAUUUAAUCCCUGUAAGACGGGAUUCUCACUCAAGUCAUUAGAUUCUCCGCGCGAUUCUGGUUCAAAUCGUUGUUUGCGCCGGAAAUUCAAAAGUCAGAAGCCUGAAUUUUCUGCUUCUUGCUUAACAGCAGCUGCUGAGACGCCAUACGGAACUUCUGGAAUCGUAGGUGGCAAGUUGCAACGGCUGGCUUCGGAAUUUGCGUCCUUAACGGAGCCGAUCGACCGGGUCAAGCGGCUUUUAAGUUACGCGGAAAUUCUGCCUCCAUUCGAGGAGUCGGCUCGGUUACCGGCGAAUCGAGUCACAGGUUGCACCACUCAGGUCUGGUUGGAUGCUAGAAUCGACGAGUUUGGGAAGAUGAGAUUUAAAGCUGAUAGCGACUCCGAGAUCACCAAAGGCUUCUGUUCCUGCUUGAUUUGGAUGCUCGACGGCGGAAAGCCAGAGGAGGUGCUGGAAGUGAGGUCGGAGGAUUUGACAGAUAUGAAUGUAGGCGUUCAUGGUAAGGCUCAAUCAAGAGUUAACACGUGGCACAAUGUCUUAAUUGGUAUGCAGAAGAGGACUAGGGCUUUACUCGCGGAGCGUAAGAGCAACGCGCCUCUCGUACCAUUUCCUUCUCUGGUUGUAACCUCCGAUGGCUUCCGUGCUCUGACGGAAAUUACGACGUAGAUUAUAUUGACUUGGUCGCUUUAUAUCUCCGUUCCCCUUUUUUUGGAUACUGGUCUUAGCUAGUUAAAUGUAUGAAUUGGAGCAUUGUUGCUUGAAUGUAACAUGCAACUGUAUGUCUACCCUUUCAUUCUUAGGCUGUUACGAUCAUCAGUAUGUUAAAAUUCUCUUGGGAACAAGACGGAUAAGUUGUUCUUAAGAGUUCAUGGCAGGUUAAGAUUCUAGCUUCAUAUUGCAGAUGAGACAUGUUUUAAAGACGUUUUGCUGUAUAACCAUACGCGCUGUUAAUUC